UGCCAGACUUGCAAAAGCCUCUGAAUUUUGAAAACAAGCACCAGCAAAUGGAAAAUAUACAAACAGAGUAUAAACCACGACUGUUAUUAUAAUCAUAUAUAGAAAGGAUACCAGUCAACUUGGGAAAAUUUAAUCAUGUUCAUAUCACCACGUAAAAAGUUUUAGACACUGUUGGAGAUAUAUAUAUCAAUAUUCCACUUUUGUUAGUUUUUAAAAAGAAGAAGCUUUCCAUUUCAGCGUUUUUUGGUGGCUCUCUGUUCUGAGCUUGCAGGGGAUUUGGUGGGCUUGCUUGCCAUUGUUACUUUGCCUGGUACUUGAUUCAAUGGCCACUUCACCAGAAGUUAUUUAUAUCCAUUGAGUGAAGUGCAAAUGGAUGGUUUUGAUAGUUUGGUAGAUAAGAUGGCUGCGAAGGGUGUGGUGAGGAAUGAAAAACGUAAGCAAAAAGAUUGUGAUCCUUUUCUUAAACUGGAGGGUCCAAAUUUGUUGGAGUCACCAGUGUGCACAUUGGGAAUGGCAAGGAGCAAUUGGCCCGAGAGCUCGCCUAGGAAUUGCAGUGUUACAAUGGAGGGAAAGGAUUUGAGUCAAUGCGUAACUUCCUCAUCUGUAUUUGAGCCGCCCUGUAAGAGCUCCGGUUCCAUAAAUGGCACGGGGCUUGUGGUUGAGGAUAUGACAUUGAAACAUCAUAGGAAACCAAAUUCAGCUUUACUUAGUCCUAGUCAGGAAUGUUGGCAAGAUCCCGAUCCGGUAGCCAGUGCAUUUAGAAGUAAGAAUUUUCAUGGUGAUACUAUGUCACAGGACAAUGAUCAGACACAGUUGAGAGUAAGAAGUCAGCUUUUAGAAAUGCCUUCUCGCAUACGAAGUCUGAAGCCUUUGUUAAGCAAUCAUUCAGAGCAGGAACCAGACAAACUGUCUGCAUAUUUAGGGGUUGAGGACAGCAAGAUCAUGUCAAACAAUAUGCUAAGUAUCGCCAAAAAGCAACUGAAGACCCAAUCUAGUAAUAGCCAUUCUCAGACGGACCAGAAGGAAAAAAACCUGGGUUAUGGUUCUGAGGUAGCUUGUGAUGCACAGUUGAAAUCAAUUGUUAACAGUGAUCAGAUUUCUUCACAUGUGCUUGAUAGGUCUGGCCCAAAAUCUACCAGUAAUGGGAUUUGCUUGAGGGACUGGCUUAAACCUGGGGAACACAAAGUAGAUAUAGUUGAAAGCCUGCUCAUAUUUAGACAGAUUGUGGAGUUUGUGGAUUUUGCACACUCUCAAGGUGUCGUCUUGCAAGACUUACGACCAUCGCGCUUCAUUUUAUUUCCAUCGAAUAAGGUUAAAUACACAGGUUCAUCAGCCAUCCGAGAAUCAAAUAGUCUUAUGAACCGAGAUUUGAUUAUCAAAAGGCCAUCAGAGCAGGAUGCAUGUGCUGAACGUAUUUUAGGUGGAAAACAGCUAAAACUGAGUGAGGGUAAUGAGGAAAAGUUUUGCAUAGCUGGUCCACAAAAUUCUGGCUAUGGUGAACUCCAGUUUCAAAUGAAUUCGAGCUACCAAAAUGCAUUGGUUGCCGUACAGCAAAGAUCCAUUUCUGUAAUUGUUCAGUUGGAAGAGAAGUGGUAUACCAGUCCAGAGGAGCUCAAUGAGAGAGGUUCCACACUUUCAUCAAAUGUCUAUUGCCUUGGGGUUCUUCUUUUCGAGUUGCUGUGCCGUUGUGAAUCAUGGGAGGUGCAUUGCGUGGUGAUGUUGGAUUUGCACCAUCGAAUUCUGCCACCAAAGUUUCUUUCACAAAAUCCUCUGGAAGCUGGUUUUUGUUUUUUGCUUCUCCAUCCUGAACCUUUGGCUCGUCCAACAACAAGAGAAAUCCUGCAGUCUAAACUGAUAGGUGGAUACCAAGAAUCGGCUCGCUGUGAUGAUUUUUCAAAUUCUGCUGAUAAUGUUGAUGCUGAAUCAGAGCUAUUACUUAGUUUUCUUAUCCCAUUAAAAGAGAAGAAGCAAGGGCAUGCCUCUAAGUUGGUGGAAGUUAUAAGAUGCCUAGAAGAAGAUAUAAACAAGUUCGGGAGGAGGCAUUUAUCAGGGGAAUUUCCUAGUGAAAGAGAACAGGGGUUCUGUCUUGAAGACCCUGUAAGUUCAGGUGUUUCUUCUCGAUUAAUUGCCGCGUCAAACAUGAAUGAGACGCUCUUGAUGAAGAAUAUCAGUCAACUAGAGGAUGCUUACGCCUCCACAAGAUCCCAAAUGGGGAAAACAGAAACUGCUCCUGUAGCAUGCUCUUAUAAGGAGGUGUUAAACAAUCGAUACAGGUGGUGUCAUGUGCGAAAUCAUACUCAGGAUUCAAGCCUCAAUCAGAAAUCAGGUGAUCGGCUUGGAGCCUUUUUUGAUGGUGUUAGCAAGUUGGCUCGCCGUAGCAAGUUUGAAGUACGUGGGACAUUAAGAAAUGGGGAUCUUCUCAACUCUAGCAAUGUGAUUUGCUGUUUAAGUUUCGACUGUGAUGAGGAGUAUAUUGCUACAGCUGGAGUAUCAAAGAAAAUCAAGAUCUUUGAUUUUGCUGCGCUUGUAGACAAUUCUUUGGAUAUCCAUUAUCCUGUAGUUGAGAUGCCAAACAAAUCUAAGUUGAGCUGUGUUUGCUGGAACAACUACUUUAAGAACUAUCUAGCAUCAACAGAUUAUGAUGGGGUUGUACAGAUGUGGGAUGCAUCUACUGGUCAAGGAUUUUCUCAGUACGUAGAGCACCAAAGGAGGGCUUGGUCUGUCGACUUUUCUCAAGCUGACCCAAAAAAGUUUUCUAGUGGGAGUGAUGACUUUUCUGUGAAACUGUGGAGCAUCAAUGAGAAAAAAUCAAUAGGCACAAUCUGGAGCCCUGCUAAUGUCUGUUGCGUUCAGUUCUCUGCAUACUCUUCCAAUCUCUUGGUUUUUGGAUCUGCCGAUUACAAGAUCUACGGCUAUGAUCUUCGCCAUACUAGAAUCCCUUGGUGCACUUUACCUGGUCAUGGAAAAGCUGUUAGCUAUGUAAAAUUUGUAGAUGCUGAAACCCUUGUUUCUGCAUCCACGGACAACACUCUGAAGCUUUGGGAUCUUAACCAAGCAAUCUCAACUGGGUUGUCCUCCAAUGCCUGCAGCUUAACUUUUAGUGGUCAUACUAAUCAGAAGAAUUUUGUUGGUUUAUCUGUUUCGGAUGGAUACAUAGCAUGCGGCUCAGAAACGAACGAGGUUUAUAGUUAUUACAGAAGUCUACCCAUGCCAAUCACUUCACACAAAUUUGGAUCAAUUGAUCCAGUUUCUGGAAAUGAGGUUGGUGAUUAUAGCGGGCAGUUUGUCUCGAGUGUCUGUUGGAGAAAAAAGUCUAACAUAGUUGUUGCUGCCAACUCAACUGGAACUUUGAAAUUAUUACAGAUGGUGUGAGUAUAAGCUUGUUCCCUAAAUAAUCCAAGGAAUCUGUUCUUUCCUGAAAACAUUUUUUAUUAGCUUGCCUGUCCUGGAUUUACUUUUUCUUCUUCUUGGAAUGAAAAAUAUGAUUUGAAGCAGAAACUAGUCAGGUUGAAGACUACAUUGUAACAAAAAUUUAACAGAGCCAGCCCUAUGUGUCCUGGAUGUAUAUACAAUUAUGCGGAUAAAAGAAAUCGAUUAAAGGCUGAUUAUGGCAAGUGAACUUCAUGAAGAAA